GGGCCAGCCGGUAUCGAGGUUCAGAAUCCCUCCGAGUCUCUCCGGUCUGGGUCCCCCGCUAGGCGGAGGGGAACCUGGUCUCUCCACCGACUUCCGGAGCCCCUCCGCCGUGGAAGGAAAAGCUGCCCGUCUGGGCCUUCCACUGUGCGCCCGGCUAGGCGCAGGUGGCUCCUGCUUGUGGAUGGAGCUGUCCAUCCACCACCUCCUCCCUCUCCGCGGAACGGUCUGGGGGAAGGAGCCGCUGCUCUGGGUACCAGAAUCCUGGAAUCAGGGGGGAAAGAAGGCGAUUGGCUAACUUUUCAUUUUCUUCUUUGGGGAUCGCCAUCCUUGGGGGGAAAAAAGUUGUCAGACCUCCGAUCUCUUGGCAUCCUGGAGCGCCGGCGAAGAAUACGAGCCUCGAAAUGCCGAAUCCGCAGCAGUCCGCAGGCCCGGUUUCAGGCCCCCUCCUCUGGCGAGCCUGAAGGUUCUACCCCCAGUUCACUUCGGGCGUGAAGCGGUCAGCACAGGAGAGCUCAGCCGUCCCAGUCACAGCAGCAACACCAGGGCAAUCAACCGAGAGCCCAGCCCCGCCGGCUCCGCUCUCCGCUGCCGCCACCCGCUCCGCUCGGGCCGGGUCCAGCCGGAGCAUGGAACCGGAGGAGCCCCGGGAGCUCCGCGAGCCCGGGCCGGGGGCAGAGACCGCCGCGGCCCCGCGCUGGGAGGAAGCCAAGACUUUCUACGACAACCUCACUUCCAAGAAGAAACCCAAAUCGCCCAAGCCUCAGAAUGCAGUCACCAUUGCUGUGUCCUCCCGGGCCCUGUUCCGCAUGGACGAGGAGCAGCGGAUCUACAUGGAGCAGGGCGUGGAGGAGUACGUGCGCUACCAGCUGGAACACGAAAAUGAGCCCUUCAGCCCCGGGCCGCCUUUCCCUUUCUGGAGGAUCUCCUCUCCCAUCCAGGCUCUGGAGGCUGUGAACAAGCGACUUCGGGAGCUGUACCCUGAGAGCGAGGACCUCUUUGACAUCGUCCUUGUGACCAACAACCAUGCUCAAGUGGGCGUCCGUCUCAUCAACAGCAUCAACCACUAUGACCUGUUCAUCGAGAGGUUCUGCAUGACAGGAGGAAACAGCCCCAUCUGCUACCUCAAGGCCUAUCACACUAACCUCUACUUGUCGGCUGAUGCAGAAAAAGUGCAGGAAGCCAUUGAUGAAGGGAUCGCAGCCGCCACCAUCUUCAGCCCCAGCAGGGAUGUGGCUGUUUCCCAGAGUCAGCUGCGUGUGGCCUUCGACGGGGAUGCCGUGCUCUUCUCAGAUGAGUCGGAGCGCAUCGUGAAGGCCCACGGGCUGGACAGUUUCUUCGAGCACGAGAAGGCCCAUGAGAACAAACCUCUGGCCCAGGGCCCCUUAAAGGGUUUUCUGGAGGCGCUGGGCAGGCUGCAGAAGAAGUUCUACUCCAAGGGCCUGCGGCUGGAGUGUCCAAUUCGCACCUACUUGGUGACGGCCCGCAGCGCAGCCAGUUCUGGGGCCCGGGCUCUCAAGACCCUACGCAGCUGGGGCCUGGAGACGGAUGAGGCCCUGUUCCUGGCGGGAGCACCCAAGGGCCCCCUCCUGGAGAAGAUCCGCCCGCACAUCUUCUUUGACGACCAGAUGUUCCACGUGGCUGGGGCUCAGGAGAUGGGCACCGUGGCGGCCCACGUGCCUUACGGUGUGGCGCAGACCCCCCGGCGGACCACACCUACGAAGCAGGCCCCCUCUGCCCAGUAGCUGAGCCACCAGCUUCACUGACCACAUGGCUCCAGGCAUGGCUCCCUGUCACAUGUGUCAUCCAGUGGCCCCUUCCAGUUCCCCACCACCCUGCCUAUUUGCAUGUCCGCCUGCAUCGCUGAGAGUGAGGUACUUGUAGGAAAUUAUGCAGACUGAGCCGGCAUUGUCACCAGCCCUCCUUUUGGGCAAACGCUGUGCCAUGAUCCUGGCUAGGAAAGUAAGACUGUGCAGAGUAGCUGGGUUUCAGGGGGAAGUUGAUGGGCCUGAGAGUGGGAGGGUCAGAGCAGCCAGGAUGCCUCAAAAGGGGGGUUAUGAGACUAGCUCAGUGUAGUAUAAAGAACGUGCUUGGAGAAAGAAGGGAUCUGGCUUCUAAGCUCUGUCUUGGCAUUCAGUGCAUGACCUUAAGUUCCCUUGCAACAGACUCCAGGAUGAGGUGACCUCUCCCUGCGGUGCACUGGCUAGCUCUCCACCCCUGCAGGAGCCCCUGCAACCUCUUUGUCACCACUUCCAGGGGAGAACCUCACUGCUUGAUGAGUCAGUUUCCCCAUCUUUUAGGUGGUUUUCAAACUCUCCUUUAGCUACAGAAGCUUGGUUUUCUAAGAUUACCCUCUUGGGAGGAAGCAUUCUGGGCCAGGGCUGCUCCUGGUAUAUUUGGCACCUUGGUACAAAUCGCAGAAGGACACUGUCUCCAGAAUGAUCAUGAAAAGACGCCCCUUCCUCUGGGUGACCCAGACCAUGCUGGGGUACCCAGCUUGGUUAGCAGGACAUAGGCGAGAUUUCAGCCCCUACUGACGCCUCAGCCCAGAGGCCUUUGUCAAAUGGGCAAGACGCACGGUCAUCCACAGCAACCUUCCCUACAAUUUUACACGUUUGGAAACCACUGGGCAAGAUGAUCUAUCUGCUUCCUGCCAUCCCCUCAUCUGAGUCCUCAGGGGUCCGCUGCCUAGUGCGGGGGCGGGGGGGGGGGGGGGGAAGGGGGGGGAAUGGAAGAACUUAACCUGCAUGCAAACUCUCCUCUGGCCACCAGGGGGCACUGCAGGCCCUCCCUGGGAAGGAGCUUUAGUGGGCCUGCUAGUGCUUCCUCUGCUUUUGCUUUUAAGCCAAAGCUCAGUUGUUCCUGCCCGCCAACCCCCUCACCUCAACCCUCACUCCCUCGGUGACUGCACCCUGCUGGACUGCCAAGCAGCUCUGCUAGCGGGGGAGGGGGUAGAGACUUGGGGUUUACUGUUGUGAGCUCAAAUGCAGGGGAAGAAAGCUCAGUGGCUGAAAUGGGAAGUCGUUCAGGCUGAGCCAAGGGAAGGGCUGCCUGGAGAGAUAAAGGAGGCGUGGGGAGGUCUGGUCUGAGGCAGUGACCGCUUAGAGAGGAAGGAGCUGAAAUGUGUGGAAUUGUGGGUGAAGGUAGUGAGCUGUUUGUCACUAAGAUGCUGUGCCAGGGACUCCAGGAAGAGGUGGCCUUCCCCUGCGGUGCAUUGGCAAACUCUCCAUCCCUGCAGGAGCCCCUGCAGCCCCUUUGUCACCACUUGCAGGGAAGGAUUCUCACUGCUUGACAGCCUCCUCCUUUGCUGACCAGCCUGGCUCUCUCAGAGGGAGGUGGCUCCCUCAGGAAGACCCAAAGGGGUGAGCAGAUGUCGUGAUGGGAUCGGAUUGCCCAGUGCCCUUGGAGAGUCCUAGCUGUGACAUCUGGUCCUAGCCGUGACAUCUUGAUGAAGAAAGCCAAAGGUAUCAUCGGAGGGGGCAGGAGCCUGGAGGUGUGUGCAGGGGAGCUGGAACGCUGGCGGGGGACAGGAGAAGGGCUGACAGGCUACCUGGGGCCUGACCUGUGUUCUUUUGAGGACUCGGCCCAGGGUCUGAAGGGGCACAGGUUCUGGGCAGUGUAGGGCAGAUGGUCGUGUCAGGAAGAUAGUCCAGGAGGGAGAACAAAGCGAAAUGAGCAACAGUUUGGGUGAGAAGAGUCCCUGGCUGGGCUUCCUCUGUCAGUGCUGGAGCCACCGAGAGGUUGGCUGUUGUGGUGGGCAACGCUGUGCCGGGUGGCUGGACAAAGGCCGCGGCUGUGGACACCUUAUCAGGGGAAGUGCAAGUGACAAGGAUGCCUUUGCACAAGGCCAUUGCCAUCAACAGUCACGACCCUUCUGGCCAACAGAGGAGACCUCAGGCAGAGGGCCUGGCUGGGAGAUCUUCCCUCUGCCAAAGCUCUAGGCUUGGCCAGAGAUGCUGCAAGACUUAAGAAGAGCUCGAGGAAAUGAAAAGGAAGUGAGAGAGGAAACUCAACCCCUGGGGUGGACACAUGCACUGUGAGGGCAGCACCGGAUGUCACCUAAUUAAGAUGAAUCCCAGAGAUUCAGAUACCAAGAGGUCCUGCCCCAGGGGCCUCUCAAGAAACAUCGUUGAUUCUGCCGGCUGUCUCAGGAAGCAGGAGAGUAUGAUGUGGGAAGCAGCAAAAUAAGGUGUAGCAAAUCUGUGUAUUUCACUGGAGCACUGUUAAUAGAUUUGGACAGCCCUGGGCCAUGAGAGACGCCAGUGUCCAAACUAUUAUUGAAACCAUAAAUGAACAUUUCAGCCCUAGGGGGUGGGGGUGGGGGGGGAAGCUUUCAGUGGCUGGAAUCAAAGGCCAGAAGUCCUGGGGGCAGGUGCAGGCAGCUGCCAGACACACCUUCUGAUUGUUUCAAGUGGUGAGGAAGCGUCCUGGGGAGAAGGACAUUGUUUAUUGUAUCAGCAGGCAAAUGAAAAAACCAGAGGUGCACCAAAGUGCCAGGCCCAGCUGCAGACUGCAGCACUGGGGCAGAGGAGCCACCGCUCCUGACAUGCUGAACCCAAAGCCUCGCACCGCAAUGACUCCUGCACAACACGUCCCAGGAAAUGCUUGCCAACCAAGUCCCAGACCCAAUGGAAACUGCCACUUAGGAAAACAGAAGCCCUGUUACUAUGCACUGAGACUGCCAAGGUCACUGCAAAACAGCCCCAUCCCCUUCCUGAGAGCCCAAUCAGAAUGAUGGGGAAGCAGCAGAAGAUGCCAGAAAGUCAACACCAGCAAGAAGUUUAAAUCCAAGAUGGAUCCAGCAUUCUAAUGCUAUUCAACUGGUGUGCAUCAGUCCAGCCAAAUGAGUGAUUAAAAUAUUGAAAUACCUCCAUAAUGGUUGUAAGUAGCGCUGGCUUGAGUCUCUGAGGACCCCCUACCCCCACAGCCUCAGCCACCCUGGCCCCUCCAUCUUCCUACAACCCAGGAACAAAGGGCCUCAGGAGGCCGUGCCAGCAUGGUGGCCAGUGUCUGCUCUGUUUGGUGGUGCCCUGUGGCCAUGCUGGUUGAGAGAGGUAACGUCAGUUGCCCAAAGUCACACAGCUAAUAAGUGGCAGCAGGAGGACUCAAGCUCACGUGUGUCUGAUGCUGAGACUCAGUUGCUCAACUCUUCCACCAUAUGGCCCAUCCAUGUGCAGAGAAGUGGCCAAAAGAGCUUCAUAGCAAAAGUGUUCAGCUCACAGUCUCUCAACAUGUUGACUUCUUGUACGUUAAAAUGCUAUGAUAGACUUAAAUGGGUACAUCUUUGUUACCAGCUUCCUAAAGAGCUAAGAACUGAAACGAAGGCCAGACCUUUGCAGAGCCCUGAAGUACCUCCAGACAACCCCAGUUUAUACUGGGCCGAUGCUGGGUUUGGCAAACUGUGGCUCCUUGGGCCAAAUUGAGCCCACCCCUAUCUUUGUAAAGAAGCUUUUAUUGGAAUAUAGCCAUGCCCAUUUGUUUACAUAGGUCUUGGGCUUUUGAAUUCAGUGUCAGAGUUGAACCGUUUCAACAGAGACCAAGGAGCUGGGAAUAUUUCUCUGGCUCUUUGCGGAAAAAGUCUGCUGACCCCCUGGGUUAAGGCAAACGUCCCCCACCUGUGGGGAAACCAGCUUCCAUCCACCUAAACAUUUGGAGGUAGAGGCUGGCUCAGCUGCAGAGGGGGCAGCACGAGGGGGUUCCGUGCCCAUCUGCAGGCUGGGAUUACAGGCACCAACGAGAACCUUGAUGCUAAACACAGCAGACCCUUGGCAUCUGGGGAUUGAAGAUUUCAAGGUUUGAUGGUGUUCAAGUGACCUGUGGCCUGUUGUAAUUUGGAAUGUUGAUGCAUGCAUUUGAUUUGAGUGUGCUCUCCCAAGCUGCUGGGUGAGGGGCAGGGAGUGGGACCCCUGGAGAGGGCUGAGCCUAGCAUGCUGUCCAGCAUCUGCUUGGCAUGGCUCUGCUGUUCUCAGCUCGUCAUUGCCCUCUCAGGGCCUCUUGGGAAGUAAUAAGUGCUUUUGGAUGUGCCUUAGCUAAAUAUUAGUUUUGGAUAAAGUGAAGUGCCCCAUGUGGACUUACGGGCUCAGAUCUGGGAGUUCCUGUUGUUAAGAACCCAACUAGUAUCCAUGAGGAUGUGAGUUCCAUCCCUGGCCUCACUCAGUGGGUUAAAGGAUCCAACAUUGCCGCGAGCUUUGGUGUGGUUGCGGAUGCAGCUUGAAUCUUGGCGUUGCUGUGGCUGUGGUGUAAGCUGGCACCUACAGCUCCAACUUGACCCCUAGCCUGGGAACUUCCACAUGCCAUGGAUGCAGCCCAAAAGACAAAAAAGAAAAAAAGGACUCAGAUCUAACGAGUCAUCCAUAUGCUCCCUGUGGAAGCAAGAACAAGCUCUUCACGAAGAUGGUCCCAAAGGAAGACAGUAGCCGGCUCAGAAGUUACCGAUCAAGUGAGAGGUAAAACUCUGGUAAAGUCAGAAAUGGCAGUUUUCUUGUGCGGUGAGGGAGUGAGCAAUAAACACAUACAUACCCCAUCACGGUGGAAGUGUGGAUCUGGAGAAAUCAGAUUUAGGGACUGGCACGUGUAGAAGUAGUCCUGCCCACAGCCGUGGUGGCUGGCACUGUUCCAUCAUGGCACUCUUCCAUGUGAAGCCCAGACUUGGCCUCAGGAUCCUCCUUGACCCAGCAUUCCAGCCAGCCACUCCUAGUGGGUUGGAGCUGGCAUGAGCGACGAAAAGCCUAUUUGCCGUCUCUGUUGGUGUUGGAUAUUGCUCUCCAGGGGCAGUGUGCGAGGCCCUGAAAAUUCAUUCUCCAUUGCUGUGCUGCAACCCUGAGGAUUCCACGGUCUCACCCCACUCGGACAGAACACAAAGAGGAAGGAGAAGAGCAUCUUGUUGGUGACUUCCUUAGAAGGAGCUGCCUGAGAAGCAGUGUCCCAGGUUUCACCCAAUCUUCAAGCAAAGUACAAAGUACCCCUCCUACCAGUAGGUGGCGCUGCAGGCCAAGGCUCAGCUGCUGGCUUUCGUAACAGUUAUAUUUCACUGGUUGUUAUUUUUCUCUCUUCCAUGUUACUUGGUGCUGUGCUGGACGCCUGCAGGUAGCUUGGACAAAAAGGACUUUUGGUGCUCUGAAAAUGUUUGCUAACAUACCUGUGUGGUGAGCUGAUUGCUCUUACCAACAAUCACUGUGAUUGCUUGUAUGGGCACAUUUCAUAUGAGUGUGCAACAGGGUAAAAACUGCAUGUGUGCAUGUUUUUGUGGGUGUGUGUAAUAGGCAGAUAUCUCUGCUGAUGACUCUGUGUGUGUGUGUGUGUGUGUGUGUGUGUGUGCGCGCGCGCAGGACGGUUAUCUCUGUUAACUAAGGGUCCUGGGCCCUACGUACUGAUGGCCAGCCCUGCUUCCUGGGAUUACUUCUGGCUCUUCCUAUCAUCUCAUGGGCAUUUACACAUGUGCAAGGCCAGGCGCCUUUUCUAUCUCUCCAGCUUUUAGUCUCUGGCUAGCAGGGUCUUGGCUUCCAACCCUCUGCCUUCCACCCCUCAUCCCUGCAGCCUUGGGGACAAACUGGUAGAAUCACUUUUGGCUGCACUUGCCUCACCAUCUCUAUUUGUUUCUUCCCUCCCUUUGACAGUCUUGGGGCCCACAUGUACAGUUGAGCAGACAGUGCACUGUGCAAAUGCAAAUAGAGCCAUAUCAAGGAGGUGUGAGUGACACCUCCUUGGCACCUUUAAAACCUAACUGUACAUAGCUGCCCUGGUCACCUCAUGGCCAUGGCUAGGAAAGCUGCCUUCUUUCCUGCCUCCUGGCCCAGCCCAGCCUAGACUGGGAUUCCUUCCUCUGCUUGGGUGUUCUAGUCUGGCCCAGAAGUGACUUACCCUUGGCCUUGAUCAGGAAGUAUCUGCCUGAUGAGCCAUCCCCAAGAGGCCUCUGGGAUUUAGUUUAUGAAACUGAAAUCGAACUGGCAACUUUUCAGUUACUGUAAGAUAAACCAAAACUCUGCAGAUGGGACCCUUGGCUCCCACACUCCUGGCCUGCAGGUGAAUGCACCUACAUGGGCCAACUGUUAAGAUGGGUCAGCUACAGAAUUAGGGUAAAAGCCCCAAGGCUAUGCUUAUAGCUGCACCAGGUAGAAAAUCAUGAGAUCCACAUAGACUGGACACCCUGACCAGGCCACAAAAUCUGGUGUCGGGCAGGAGACGUCAAUGAGCAAAGAGGAUUAGGUAAGGAUAGUUGCAAAACAGACAACACAUAUGCUGUCGUCUGACACGGUUGCUGCCGUGUGGGAAUGUGGGCUGCUGUUGCCGGAUGUUCCACCCCGUUUUCCAAGAGAAGCUGGAAAUCUGGACUUUUCAAUGUUGGCAACUAUUUUGAAUUGAGAAAACACUGUGCAUGCCAAAUAAAACACAUCUUGCAGGCUAAAUCCAGCCUUUGAAUUUCCAGUUUGCACCCUCUGGCCCAGGCCCAGUGAAUCGGGUUUUUCAGACCCAAGAAACUCUGAGGGUGAGGAUGUUACACUCAGACUCACAGAGUUUGGAUCUUUUUGAGACCUUGGAGAUAACCACGCUCAUCCCCUGUUUUAAACUGUGUACAGACAAACUUCUUUAUGAACUUAAUAGCACACAUAUCCUUAAGUUCAAGUUUCUACUGAAAAGCAUCUCGGUACCCUCAAUUUAGACCAGUAUUUAAAAUGAAGCCUCUGGAGUUCCCUGGUGGCCUUAGUGGUUAAGGAUUCAGUGUUGUCACUGCUGUGGUGGGGGUUUGAAGUCCCGGGAACUUCUGCAUGCUGUGGAUAUGGAGGAAUAAAUGUCCCCCCACCAACAAAAAAACAAGUCAGAUGAAACCUCUACACAUUAAUGUGCUUGUAUCUACCUGUCAGAAGCCCUAUUUUAUACCAUUUGCUCUACUUCUGUCUUUUAUAAACAUGGGCUGCCCUGGUUUUCCUUCUAAUCUAGCUUCUCUGGGUUGCUCUCCACGGUAAACCUCUUAAGUGCCUCCUUAAGCAGGUGGAGCUUGUGCUUCUUCAUCUAGGGACUUCCUUUGCCUGUGCUGAGACUGCCCAUGCUUUUCCUGGCGCGUUCACCCAGUCCCAUGACAAAGGGUGCUACGUGCUUGUCAGCGUGGAUCCCUCUCACUGCUCAUGCUUGUCCUACACCUCAUGUUACAACCUGGCCUUCUGCUUCUUAAAAGCCAUUCAAAUAAAUUGGAGACUUAAAAUAA